AUGCAUUUUCAGAACCUUCAAGUUCUUCAAAAAGCCAAGACAUAUUACACAACCUGUGUUGAGGCCAAUAACAAUCCGUUAUUAAUUCAUCAAAACGGCACGGCACUAAAAGCUAUCUACCAGGAUAUUACUUCCAACACGCCAUUAAAAUUUGCUUUCUUAUCAGCCAACACCACAACAGACCAUACCAGAUUAUCAGCCCAAGAGCUUGCCAAUAUCUCAUCCUAUUUGAAGUACGAAUAUAAUGUUGAUGUGUUGAUUAACAUCGAUGUGAAAUCGAAUUGGGAAAACCCCAGAGGCAAUUUUGGCCACAAAGGCUACAGAAUUUUUGUCGAUCAACCAACUAUUAAGUACAGUAAGAAAGAGUUUCAAGAUGAAUGGACUACUGUAAAAUUACAAUAUUCUAAAGAAGUUAAAAAGAUUUUUAAAAAGUUUGCAGCAGUUUUGCAAAUUGAUGAAGAAGCAGAUAUUGAUGAAGAUGUGGAAGAAGUUAUAGAAUUGGAUAGGAAAAUUGCUCUUAGUGUCUUGAACUAUAACAGAAACAACAAGACGAGGUAGGUCAUUCAAUAUAAAUUUUAAAUUUUUUAAUUAAAAGGAAAAAUACGAAGAAGUACAACUUAUAUAGAAAAAAAGUAUGAGGUAAAAACAAGAUAAAGUAAGGUAAGAUAAGGUAGAGCAUAAAGCAGGGCAUUGAUAUGGGUAUUGAGCAUGUAAUGAAGCAGGCACAUAGGCUAAGGCAUAAGAUAAGACGUGGGACAAGGCAUAAAGAAAUAUAUAAGACAAAGCAUAAGACAGGGCGUGGGACAAGGAUGAGGCACCUUUUAAAAGAGGGGUAGAGCAGGGCAUGGGACAUGAAACCAUAGUUAGAUAGAGUAGAUAAAGGUAAGGUAGGGUAGGGUAGGGUAGGGUAAGGUAGGGUAGGGUAGGGUAGGGUAGGGUAGGGUAGGGUAGGGUAGGGUAGGGUAGGGUAGGGUAGGGUAGGGUAGGGUAGGGUCGGGUAGGGUCGGGUAGGGUAGGGUAGGGUAGGGUAGGGUAGGGUAGGGUAGGGUAGGGUAGGGUAGGGUAGGGUAGGGUAGGGUAGGGUAGGGUAGAGUAGGGUAGGGUAGGGUAGGGCAGCUCUAAGACUACGGUAAGCUCUAAACUUCCAGUCAAUUCAACGUCUUUACAAAACGAAAUGCGACUCACAAGCUCGGUUUACUUGAGUUCAACGACUAUUUCAUCAACUUAUCCUCAAAUUUAUCCUCAGAAACCAAAGAAUUUAUCCAACAAGAAAGCUUUGAAUUCAUAGUUCAAGAACCAAAAGUACUAAGAAGUCUAGCGAAUCUACUGAAAUCAAACGAAAUCUCACCAAGAACUGUUCAUAAUUAUAUUGUCUACAAAUUACUAGACAAUAUGGCACAAUUCUUCCCGGAUUUUGAAAAUUUCAAAACUGGAGAAAACGUUGAACUAAAAUGUGCUAAAGAGGUAUCAGAGAACUUAUCCGACUUGACAUCAAGAGUCUACUUGGAUAAGGUCUUGCCAUUUUCUGAUGAUAGACAAAAGAUGAAAAAGCACGUUGAGAAGAUUGUGGAACGUGUUAUCGAUGGCUUACAGGUAAUACUACUACGCUUUUCGCAAGUUAAAUCUACAGUUGCGGGACCUAAGACAAGUCCCAUUUUGUGGUUAGUAUAGGCUAAAACCUGUAUUUCAGAUCCAAAUAGACAAACUGAGUUGGAUGCCAUAUCACACAAAACAACUUAUUUAUAAAAAAUUGCAAUAUAUGGUUAGAAAUGUCAUGUAUUCGAAUGAGAUUAUUGAUAACCAGAAAUUGACUCAAACGUACUCAACUUUAGAGAUAAACGGUGAGUAAAAUACAUUGCGCAAAAUGUCUUAUCAAUUCUUUGGCCUUUUUAUAACCCAUCACAUAGUCCUGGCCUUAGUUUUAGCCAAAGCUUUAGAAUUGGGCGUAGCCCUACCUACAACCAUAGCCGGAGUCUUGGCUUUAAUCUUAAUCGUAACCCACGUCUUAGCGGUAGUCAUAGCCCCAGAAUCUUGCACUAGUCUUAAUCGUAGCUCUAGCACUAGCCUUCACCCUACCCCUAACCCUACGCCUAGUCCCAGCUUUAACCAAAACUUUAGUUUUACCCAUAUCUAGCAAGCCUUAGUUUAUUCCCUCGUAUUAGCAUAAGUUUCGGCACAAGCUACUGUCUUAGCCCUAACUCUAGCUAUACCCUAUAUUCCUACCUGUUGUCCUAGUUUGUUUUUUUUUUGCUUUAUGACAGCCAUAUUUGAAUGAAUAACAUUUUGAAUCUCAAAUUUUAAAACCUAACUUUACUUUCAGAAGCCCUAGACUACAACACAAUAACCAAAAACGUCCAAAAAUUUAAUUUCCAGUCCAACAUAAAAAAGAUUUUAAUAGCAACAACAACUCGCAAUGAAUUACUUCUACCAAUUACAAAUCCAAAAGUAAACUAUAACCACCAAUAUAACUCCAUAACUAUUCCGCUAUCACUUCUAAACCGGCCAUUUUAUGACAAAAAUUAUCCGGCAGUAGUAAACUAUGGUAACCUUGGAGUAUUGGUUGCUGAGAGUUUGCUACAAAGUGUUAAUGAAAAUGGUUGGCAGUGGAAUGAAUAUGCUGAACUUGGUUAUUGGAUUGAUGAAAAUAGUAAAAGAAAGUUUGAGAAUGUGAAAGAAUGUUUGAGAGGCCAAAAAGUAGAUGAAGAAUUGAUGAAAGAGCUAUUGGAUGAUCACGGUGGUAAGUAAGAAUGUCCAAAACCUCAAUUUUCAGCCAUAAAAUCCGCGUUCAAUGCCUAUCAACUUGAUGUAGACAUCAAUGGUCAAGAUAACCAAUUACCAGACAGCAUUUUGUCACAACUUGUACGUGAACAACUCUUCUUUUUGGCUUAUGUAAACGGCCAACAAGAAAAGAAAACAGAACAAAUUAACAAUGUUUUGAUGAACUACCCAGAAUUUAAAAAAAGUUUCAACUGUAGAAGAAACGAUAGUCUGGCCCCAGAAGAACAUUGCGUUAUUUGGGAUUCUGAGAUCGCUGCAGGUAAGUUCACAUAGUUAGACCUAGUCACUAUUUACUCGCUGUGUAGUCAAGCUCUGCUCUACUCUUGCACUGCCGCAGUCUUACUGUAAUCCUAAUCUAGCAUUAGUUUUUAAAUGUUAGUUCUGUCAUACUAUAGCCUUAAUCUAAUCGUAUAGUGCUUUAAAAGAUCAUCAUUACUACCCUACGUUACCCUACCAUAACCUUGCCCCUUCACAUUUCUUACGACCUUACUCUAGCUUAAAGCCAGUCUUAAUUAAUAUGCUAGUAUUGUCUUACCCUAGUCCUACUUUACACUCAACAAAAUCCUAUCAAAUUCUUAUUCUACCCUUACCCAAGCCUACUCGCUACGGUAAUAUAUAUAUUUUUUCAGUUCAAGGAAUUCCAACAACGCCAAGACCAUCGUAUUACGUAAAUAUCAAUAAGAAUCCAGUGAAAAACACAAGUGAAUACAACUACGUCUCAAAUUAUAUUAUGAAUAGAAUUAACUUGGAAUAUCAACCUUGUGACAACUUUUAUGAAUUUGCUUGUAGUAACGUUAAGAAAGAUGAGAUUUUAGAUCACAAAAAAAAAGUUGAGUUAAAAAUGAACCACAAAAUCAUUGAGUAUUUGAAUACUAAAACAGAAAAUGAAUUGGUAAGUUUUGAGACUUUUUGCUCAAAGACAGUUUUUAAUGUACUUUAGGGACCUCAACCCAUACUCCCAUAAGAAAGUAAAGCAAAAUAGAAUCCCCUAUCCUAUACCUAUCAUUACCAAUAAGAACCUACCUCUACCCCCAGCGUUAGAUUUAACAUAGCCCUGUCUGUAACCUAAAUUUGCCAUUCCAAAGCCGUUUAUUGUGCGAAACCAACUGCUGUUAAGCCAAGAAUAAGCAUUUCAUUCUAAAACUUUUCUUUUUUUUAGAAAUACGAAACCCUUGGAAAAACCUUCUACAAAACUUGUAUUGCUCAAAAAUACGACAAGACCUUAAUCUACACUAUAAUCAACAAAUUGACCACAAAAUACAACUUGACGUUUCCAUUGCUCAAUAAUGGAACAGAAAACAAAAUUGAAAAACUGCCAGAAAUUGGAGAUUUGGCUUACUUUUUGUUGAUAAACUUCGAUAUUCACCCAUUUUUCAAAAUCGACGUUCAACCAAACUUGAAAAAGUUAUUUAAUGCAGCACCGUAUCUUCUGACUUACGACACUUUCGACACUACUUUUAAGGUAAAAUACGUCGAAUAAAAGCCGGCCUUGUUAAAAAAUUUUAAAUUAUGUAAAUAAUUUAAAAUUUUUUACAAUUUGAGCAGAACUUUUUUUUAUUAAAAUUUUUUUUAUUUUGUAAAGAAAGUUCUUGCCAUUUUAAUAUUUUGUAAAGAAAGUUGUAGCCAUUUUUUGUUUUGUUCAGAAAUUUCUUGCGAUUUUUUGUUUUGUAAAGAAAGUUCUUGCCAUUUUUUGAUGUUUUGUAAAGAAAGUUCUUGCCAUUUUUCGAUUUUUUGAAAGAAAGUUCUUGCCAUUUUUGUUUUUUAAAGAAAGUUCUUGCCAUUUUUUGAUUUGUAAAAAAAGUUCUUGCUAUUUCUUGCAUUAUUUAGUACAAAAAUAACAAGUUAAGAAAAAAGUUAGGUCCCAAAACGAAAGCCUGUAAAAAAACAUUUUUACUUUUCAUAAAUACAUAGUGAAAUAUGUUUUACUGCAUAGUAAUGUCAAUAUUAUAGCCAGAAAUCUACGAAAAACCGGAAUGGAAAGCCAUAAAACAAGAGUAUAUUGAUUUAAUGGCGCAAUAUCUUCACCGUAUCUCAUCUACACCAUUAGCUACAAUGAAACAACGUACAUUAAAAGCCGUAGAAUUAGAAGAACGCCUAGCCAAGCUUCUCAAACCUUUAAAACGUUAUCUAUCAGCCGAUGAUUACAAUGUAGUUUCAUUCCACGACUUCCACAACAUACUACCACUAUAUAAAAUGAGUUCGUAUAUCCGUGGUAUAUACACUGACAACAAGAAUUACAUACCCAACUUUCUACAGUAUAUUCUGGACCGACAUACUCAAGUUGCUGUUUAUAAGAAGCAGAUACAGAUUGAUAUUCACUAUGGUGUAUAUACAGCGUUUGUCGAAGAUACGAACAUAUUUUUGGACAAUAUUUUACUACGGUUGAUGUUGAAGUAUAUGAUUUUGUUACCUGGAGAUGCUGUAGAAAUGUCUGAUGAUCUAGCAUCAGCUUUUAGUAAUGAUUAUGUUGGUAACGGGUUACUAAGUGGUGAAAAGCAUCAUAGUACUAUAACCGGUCAGUUACAUAGUAAAACAAAUACUGACGUUUCUAAAACUGCCAUUUCUAACGACACUAAAUACAAAAACAAUAAAGAACAUCGCAUUUUACACCAUAAAAACAACAGUAAUCUCUCUCGAAAUCAUAUUUUUUCUAAUACAACAUACGAUCGUACUAUACCAUGUUUGAACCUGUACAGUAUAAUCUACCCACCAAUAUACGGUAACCUAGCCAUCAAAGCCUUAUACCCUGAGCUUAAGAACUUCAAGAAGAGUCAAGAAUUUGUAGCCCAAAUAGCCGAGUAUACAGUAGAAGCCUUUACUAUAGUAUUCAAUGACCUAUCAUGGUUAUCUUUAUCUGAACGUAAAUAUCUUGCUACGAAAUUAAAAUCAGUAGCACGAGUGUACGGAACUCCUGAUUUCAUUCUCAGCGAUGAUUCUGUCAACAAAAUCUACAGUAAUUUAACCUACAGUAAAGAAGAUACAAUAGCUACCAGGUGGAUUGAUGCCAACUUAUAUAAACAUAGACUGAUAUUUAUGAAGUUAACUGACAAAAACAGUGUAAUACGAGAGAACUAUCUAACGCCAUAUCAAAAUACAGCUAAAAUAGUUACAGUACCUUCGUACGACUAUAAUACGAACUCAUUUUACCUACCACUGCCGUAUCUACAGUAUGAUUUUGCCAAUUCAUCUUAUCCAUCAGUUUGGAAUUUCGUUAAUAUUGGAGUAGAUGUUGGUCGAUUACUCGGUCGACUAUUUGAAGAAUCAGGUUUGGAAAGAGAUUCGACAGGUCGAUUUGAUCAGUGGCUAUCUGAAAGAUCAAAGAAGAAAGUUAGAGAGAUGAUAAACGAAUUGGAAGAACAAUAUGAAGUGAUUAGUAGCGGUAAAGAACAAGAUAUCAAUGAUGACUUGGCUGAUAACGUGGCUUUAAAAGUAAAGACUACCCCAAACCAGCCCUACUCUAUCCUGAACUACCUUACUCUACCCUACCCUACCCUAUUCGGCCUUACUCGCCCCUACCUAAACCGGGUUUUAUACCCUGCACUAUGCCCCGCCCUCUGUCCUGUCUCGUGCCUUGACUAAUCGUCCGUCCCCGUCCUAUACAAAUGUACUACUCUAACCUCAUCUACUUUACCAUAUUUUCUCCCCCCCCAACCUCUAUUCCUGCCACUACAGCUGCCACUGCUCCUAAUCCUAGUUCUAACCGUACGCAUGCCACUACCCCAAACAGUCUUACAAGAUACCGUUAGCCUAUCUCUUCCUUUCCACAUCCCUUGCCUCAAUCUUGCAUUUCCUUUGUUACUCCAUUGUACAAAACCCUACCUUACCCCCACAUAAUGCAUUUACUAAAAAAUACAUUGCUUCAGAUUGCCUAUCAAGCCCUCGGCUCCUACACAUUGUACUAUAACGACGAUUACUCGUUGCCAAGCCGUGAAAUUUCCCUUUUAUCUUCAAAACAACUGUAUUUCCUAUUGUUUUCUCAAAAUUACUGUGGUAAAGAAACAAAUAGCUUGUUUAGAGUCUCAAACAAACUUAAAGUACUUGGAAGUUUGAGUAACAAUAUUGAGUUCAGAUCAGUUUUUCAUUGCAAAAAAGAUCAAGUUUAUGCUCCAGAAGAGUUUGUUGAGGUAGGCAAUGAUUUUAAAGUUUUAAAGUUUAUACUAACCCCUCCCCUCAAAAAGUAAUUUAGUGUCCCUACCCCUGCUCUUUAAUAUGAGUAAUGAUUUUCAAUUGUUUUACCCCUACACCUAUCGCUACCCUUACCCUACCCUUUCUUCAUUAUAAAGUUGUUGACAACCCCCCACCCAACUUAAUUUCCCUUUUCACAAUGACAUUCAUUCAGAUAUGGCAACAAAAAAUCGUAGGUCAAGUCGGAGUACCAUUGCUUGAAAAACUACCCCCACCAUUAAAUAUACCUCAAGCUAAACCAAACUUGUCACUAAAAUAUCAAGAAUGUGCCAAAUACUUUGAGGAUUCUAUUGACAACACAGUAGACCCUUGUGAAGACUUUUACAAUUACACUUGUAAUCAUUACUCUGGCAAAGACACUUUUACUGACCUUGAUAUUGACAAUAGUUUUACAUUGCUCAAGACGUUAAAGAAGCCCAUGAAAGAUGAUGAAAAUUUGGCUGUUAAAGCUGUCAAAACUUAUUUCAAUAAGUGUAAGGAAGAAACUGGAAAGAAGCUGGAUAAUGUUAAGGUACUAAAAAGUGUAGUUAAAGAGAUUGAAGACGUUUUUGGUCAUCAGUUUAGAUUGCAGUGUGAUAAUGCAGGUAAUGAUAAUUUUUUUCUUAUCUGACCCUUACCCUUAUCCAGCUUGACCUACCGUCCUAACUUACCUUACAUUACUUUACCCUAUCUUACCUUACCCUUCCCUACCCACUCUAAUCUACCCUACAAUACCCUACCCUACCGUACCCAAUCCUACUCGCUUAUUUUACCCUAUUCACCCUUCCCUAUAAUACGUUACCCUACUUUAUGUCUCUACUCUACCCUUGGCUUACAAAUACCGUACUCCACCUUAUUCCUCUCUCAUCUUACUUUACUUUAUACUAAACAAGGCUAACUGUCAUAAAAAAUUUUACCAUUAUCCUACCCUACCAUACCCUCACUUCCCUACACUACACUUACCCAAUUAUAAUUGCUUUUCUCUACUUUAACCCACCUUCUGUUACCCUGCCUAGAAAAAAAAAUAUACAGUGCCCUUCACAUAAUUAAUUUCAGAAAAUUCGACAAACCCCAACAUUCAAAAUUCAAACUCAUCACAACCCUCUCCAGUAACCUCUACCCAACUCAGUUACAUUAUGGGCUACGUCAGCGGAAAGUACAGUGAGAGCGUCCUCGUCAGUAGUAUGAUCUACACCAACAGCCUUAACCCAUCAAAGCCAUACUCAGUAUACCUUUCAGCCGAUGGCUUUUUCCUAGAUUACGAUGAGCCAGAGAACAUGGCCCAAGGUAUAGCUAUAGUACUAAACGAGUACCUACAGUACGUUCGCAAUAAUACUGAAGAUAUUCAGGACCAAAUCAUUGAAGACGCUUUUGCUUUUGUGAAUCUUGAAGCCGACUUAAUUCAAGCUUCAGAACCUUCAAAAGACUUGGAUCGACAAAACUUUAGUGAUGUGUAUACUGUAAUGUCAAUACGGAAGUUUGAGGAAGAGUAUGGUAAAACAUUCGACAUUAAAGCGUACUUAAGUGGACUAAUUGCACUGGUACCAGAAGUAGAAAAUACAGUGCUACAGGAUGACUAUGAAGUUACUAUUGAAGAUGAAGAAGCCUUCAAAAGAUUUGUAGAAGAGUUAGAAAAGGUAUUGAAAAAGUAUGACAAAUACCUUGUCGAUUUUAUAUUUUACCGUACUUUGAUCAUGGCCAAUCAGGAAUUUGUACCAGGUAGUACAGCAUUCGACAUCAUUCAAUUCGACCAAAAAAUUGAUAAAAGUAUCCGCAACUUCAACAACUCCAGCAACUUCAACAACAAAAAAGUACUUAAAAACAAGAAUAACAACAAAAACACCCCCACAAACCAAAAAAACAAGCCAAUAUGGAAAAGAAGACUACCUAAAUUCCCAUCAGAAGGCAUACGAUACCCUAAGAAAAACCUCGACCUACUGUCACAUCCAAAAGCCUCGGAAGAAGAUGUGACAUUUUUAGACGUGAGAUGCCUCAAACCUACUCGAGAAGUCUUUACCGAAAGUCUCAACCACAUUUUUGUAGAAGCAGUAUAUCCAAAUGAGACGACCAGAGAGAAGGAAAGACUGAAUGCAGCUAAAGUUGUAGACUCUAUAUUACUUGGAUUCAGAAGCAUGUUGAGACAGUUGAGUUGGAUGGAUGAGAGCAGUAAAAAAGUAAGUUUGUUAGAGACAAAAAAAUCCAAACCCAAAGGUAAAAUACUAUGAAUUGUAAAGUAAAGAGAAGACUAAGGUAAAUGGAAAGUGAAGCUGGAGUGAAGCUAUGUCUAUAGUAGGCCUAAAACUAUGCUGUUGUAAGGCUAGGAAGAGAACAGAGCAAUAGCAAGAUUGAGAAACAGAUACAGUAAAGUAAGAUAAGUAGUGUAAGAUAAAGCAGAGUAACUUGGCUUAAGUUAGGUUAAGUAAGGGUAAAAUAAAUCAAGAUAAUGCAAAAUAGGAUAAAGUAGGGUAGGGUAAGGAAGGGUAGAGUAGAAUAGUAUAGAUUAUGAGUAAAGUAUAAGUUCAAUGAAGUCAGGUACAACUUUUUCAGAUAGCCCACAGUAAAAUCGACUUGCUAAUAAAUAACAUUGCCUACCCCAACAUCUCCACUAACGUCUCAGCUCUGAACGACUAUUACAAACCCCUACAUCUGCUACAAGAAGACGAUUAUCUUACUAUGACGCUAAAAUUGAUCGUUUUCAAUCAACUGAAAGUAGUCAGUGAUUUGAAAAAGCCUUCUUUUGAUCGACUUGACUUCGGAUCAGCUCUUGAUGUGAAUGCCUGGUAUCAACAAGCGUCCAAUUCAAUCAACAUCCCAUUAGCAAUAUUGCAAGCUCCGUUUUAUGAUAAUGAAUGGCCAGCAGCCGUCAAUUAUGGGUCGAUUGGAACGGUGGCUGGUCAUGAGCUUACUCAUAGUUUUGGUAGGUCUAGAAAAGCUAGAAGGAACGUAGCUAGAAAGAAAAAAAAUGGAAGGGGUUUUACCUUUUAUAAUUUUUUUUUACAAUUCAUGCCAUACAAUUACAGACAACCACGGAAUCCAAUGGGAUGGAGAAGGUCGUCUCCAUAACUGGAUGUCCCCUUCCUCCUACCACUCCCUCCGUAACAUGGCCGACUGUGUAGUAGAACAAUAUGACAACUUCUGUUAUGACGAAGAUCAUUGUGUAAAUGGCAAUCGAACUCAAGGCGAGAACAUUGCUGAUAACGGUGCAAUUCAAGCGGCUUUCCGUGCCUAUCGUAACGAAAUUUCUGUGACCGGAGAUACGAUGGUAUUACCUGGAGAUUUGGUUGGACAAUUCACUCAUGACCAGCUAUUCUUCUUGGCUUUUGGAAGAAUGUGGUGUACUGAACCGUACUCUGAAUUUUAUCGUGAUUUGGUUCUGAAUGAAGUUCACUCGCCUAAUGAGUUUAGAGUGCUGGGGGUGCUACAGAAUUUCCCGGAGUUUAAAGAUGCCUUUAAAUGUUGGGGGAAGAAGAAGUAUGCACCAUUAGAUCAUUGUCAGGUUUGGGUUACCGACGUUGAACCUGGUAAGUUUUUUAAUUUCCAUACAUUGUCUUAAAUAACCCUAUUCUACCUUACCUUACCUUACCUUACCCAACCCUACCAUACACUACCCUACCCAACUCUACCUUGCCCUACACUACCCUACCCAUACCACCUAAAUCAAAAUUUUUAUAAAUUUAGGCCUCUCCCUUCCACCAACAACAACAACUCUACCACCCCUAAACAUUCCCUCAAGACCAACUCAAUCCAACAAUGAUGAAUAUAACGAAGCCCAAAACAACAUACUAUCUACUCUCGACAUUGCGCAAGACCCUUGUAACAAUUUCUACGACUACGUAUGUAACCACCUUCAAUCAGCGACAUUAAAAUCAAAAGAAAAAACCAUGGUUAAUAUUGGCACUCAUUUGGUCGAUAAUUUGGAAAACGACAAAAUUGUGUUUCCGCACAAAAAAUUGGUCAAUACAUAUUAUAACAGCUGUGUUGAUGAGAAAAAUGAUUUGGUCAAAAAGAAAACGGCAAUGGUAAAAAUGGUCAAAGAUUUUGAAAAUUAUAUUGGAGCUAAAUGGCCUGCUUUUGAUAAAAUGCCAUUUUCAAUUGAAACAAAGGCAGAUAACGAAAACAUUUAUAACACAAUAGAAGGACAAGAUACCAAAGAAGAAGCAACCAUCAAGAAACACAUCAAUUUUACGGAAAUCCCAUCAGAUUUCAUUGAAAAAGCAUCAAGCUACUUAAACACCAACUACAAUAUCAAAACCUUAUUCAACAUAGUUGUAGAGACCAACCUAGAAACUUCAGGCUAUGCUUAUCCAGUUUAUCUUCUUCAUAUUGAUCUACCUCAACUUGUUUUACCGAUAGAAAUGUAUAAAAACAUAAAAUAUUAUGAUAUUAUUAUAGGAAAAUAUGUUCAACUCCUCAGUUCUUACUCAAACAUUACUGGUGCAACAACAAAACAUGUUCAUAAAGUAGCAGAAGACGCUUAUGACAUUGAAAACUUAUUGUCAGAAUGCUACACUGAUUCUACGUUACGCCAAAGUCCAAAAUAUCAUCAGAAUCUGAUCACGUUGAAAGAGGUACAAGAAGAGCUAAAAGGCAUAAAAUGGUACACUUUGCUUGAUGAACUGUUGAAGAAUUCUGAUAGUGAUGUGAGAAGAAUGUUUUUGAAUGAAAAAGAGAAGAAACUAGUUGAUAAACAAGUCAUUUCGACCGUUGGAGUCAAACAUAUACAGAAUUUGUACAGAAAAAUCUAUGGAAAUCAACUUACAGAUGAAUCACUCUUGAAUUACUUCUAUUUUAGAAUAGUUUGGGGCCAAAAGUAAGUUUUCAAGCUUAUUUUUAAGUUUUAAAUAUAAAACUGAAAUUUAAAAAAAAAUUAUAAGCCGAUAAACGACCAAAACUUCGUGAAAAAGACGUAAGGCAAGAGAUAAAAUAAUAAAUAGGCCUCUUUCAUAACAUUAUAUUACCUAAAUUUCUACUCAAAACAAUCAGAAACAUUCUUAAAUACUUUACUUAUCGAUAUAUAACCUAGCUUAACUAUUCUUCAUGUUUUUACGUCCAAAAUGCGACCAAACCCUCAACUGUUACCUAAAAAUCGACCUAAAACAAGGUCUAGACGUUAUCCAAGCCGAAAAGACUUAAAAACUAAAUGAAAAGUUGAAUUCAACUUCGUUGAAGAGUUGUUUAAAAAAGAAGUAAUUUACCUAAACCAACAAAAAUAAAACAAGCAAAAUACUUAACAAUUGAUUCUUGACUUUAGUUUACCUAGGAUCAUGGAGAAGAUCGCGGCGUUAUCUGAAAACAGAGUAUUUUGAGUUGAAAACGUAAAUUUAGGUAAAAAUUGAAAAGAAUAAAGUAAGGAACAAUAUUAUGUAUAAAAUAAACCAUAUUUACAUAUAGAAAUGUCAAAUGUAUCAGGUGAACUCACGAAUAUUAUCCAUGAGGAAGGAAUUUUCCGAGGAAAAAAGGAAUUUUUCGAAAAAAUUAGUUUUUCGCCAAAAUUUGGCCGUUUUCAAAUUUUUCAAAAUUUUUUGUUUUCAGAAGCCUUUUACUGGACGAGAAUGCUCAAAAUCUGUCUAACCCACCUUCAUUUAUCGAUGCCCAAAAACAAUAUUGUGCUUUACAAUCAUCUACAUUGCCAAAACUUGGUUCACGAUUGUUUUACGAAAAUUCGAAUAUUAUCCUUGAUGCUGUCAAGGACAAAAUUCUUCAAAUGACAGGAAACAUAGUUGUAUCUUUGCAAUCAUUGGUAUCUGAAGCUAAUUGGUUAUCGUCUACUGUUAAAUUCAGAAUCAUUGAUAAGCUACAGCAUCUGGAAGUUAAGGUUUUGGGCGAUAUGAAUGUUAUGAAUGAUGAGUUUUUGGAAAAGUAUUAUCAAGGUGUUGAUUAUAAUGAUGACAUGAGUUCUGUUGAUGUAUUCAAGGUGGUUAAUGUGGUAAAAACAAGGGAUGAAUACAGUAAAUUGGGUAGAAAGUCAGUGGAAAGAUAUAGAUAUAAGUUUGAAGCUACUGAAGUACGUUUUUUAAUAUUUGAAGGUAAAAUACGAUUCUGUCUGCUGUUAAUGUUAAAGAUUCCAUAAUAUUUGACUUCAUAUUCAUAGCAAGAUGAAAUUUUAAAAAAGUUCUUUCAGACAGAGAUAGCAUAUGAUUACUCAACGAACAGCCUCAAUAUUCCAGCUGGAGCUGUGUUAACUCCGUUUUAUGAUCCAAAAUACCCUAUGGCUAUUAAUUUUGGAACUAUUGGUAUUAAUAUUGCUCAUCAUUUGGUACAAACUUUUGGUAUGUUCUUUUUUCUUAUUUUUUUCCUUCUCCGUCUUAUCUUGCAUCUUCUCCUCUUUUCUAUCCUGCUCUUCUUCUGCAUUCUUUUUUCUUCUUUAUCGUCUUUUUCAUCUUGUUUUUCUGAGUCUUCUUUAUCUUGUUCUUUUUUCUUUUUCUUAUUAUUCUUGUGUUCUGCUUAGUUUUUUUCUUUUUAUUCUUCUUCAUUACCUUCUUUUUUUUCUUUCUCUCAUUUGUUUCUUCUUUAUCAUCUUCUUUUUCUUCAUUUUUUUAAAUUUUUUUUUUCUUUCUUACUCUUCUUAUUUUUGAAUUCAAAUAUGAUUUUUCAGAUUUAUACGGUGUUCAAAUUGACAAACUCGGUCAUUAUAUUGAACUAGAUCAAUCUACUGUUUUUGGCUAUGGAAAUUUGUCUAUAUGUUAUAAUAAACAAUUUGGAAAAUAUGUUUCCUCUGAACUUUCUGGCGUCAUUGCUCAUAAUGCUGGUAUGAUUUUAAUUUUUUAAAGAAUUUUUAAAUUAAAAAAAUUUUAGUCGUGAUUUAGGACAACGUAUUUUACAUAUUCAUAUAAUAAUUUGAAGUAAUAUCUAAUUUUUUUGGUAUAUAUAUACUAUUGUAGGUAUAUAUUUUUACAUUUCAGCCAUUCACAUAGCUAAAAAAGCUUCCGAAUUAACAGAAAACUAUUAUGGUCACGAUCCAGCCUUUAACAACGAUAUUCUACGGCAAUAUACUGAUGAUCAGCUCUUCUUCAUUCAAUAUACAAACCAAUUUUGUGAACAUCCUCAUUCGAACUCUGACGUUUUAGCUGAACCUAACAUUAGUGCAAAGGAAAGGAUUUUGAAUGUUUUACAAAAUGACGCUGAAUUUGGUAGUAGUUUCAAUUGUCCGGCUGGCAGUAAAUAUACAUGUAGGAGGGAAGAGAAAUGUGAACUUUUUGGUGGUAAGUUGAAAUUUUGUUUUGGCCAGUCAAAGCCAUGCUCUGGCCUGCCUUACCUUGCAGAAGCCUAGCUUUGCUCUAGCCUUGCCCUAUCUUUGCCUCAGCCUUGUCCUAACCUAAUUUUGUCCUAUUCCUACCUUAAUCUUGCUCCAGUUAUGCUUAAGCCUUGGUCUACUAAGCUUUACCCUACCCUUUUCUCUAACUUCUACCAUAUUUUCUAUGCUGUAUUUUGCUUUGUUUCAUACUUUUUUUCUAGUAUUGCUUACCACUUUAGCUCGUUUUCUAUACUGUUUUAACUUCUACCUUACUUUAUACUCAUUUCCAGAUUCCUCAACAACUCUUCAAAAAGCAUUAUUAUUAUCGCCAAGAACAAUCACAGAAGCUGACAAUAACUACAGUAAUUAUAAGGAGCUUUCUGCUUCUCUAGAUUCAUCAUUGGAUUUGACAGCUGAUCCAUGUAAUGAUUUUCAUCAAUAUUCAUCUGGAAACAUCAAAUCCGGCAAAGAUAGUGAAGAUGAAAACUUGAAAACUCAAGUUCAGGCUAUCUUGAAUAUUGUUGUUGAUCAUGAGGUACGUUAUAUAAAUUUUUUUAAAAUUUUUGGAAUUUUAAAAAAUUUUUAAAUUUAAAAAAUAUCUUUCUCAAUUUUUAAAAUUUAAUUUUUUUUUAAUUUCUAGCCUUCCACGGCUUUAACAAAACUCCGCCAGUAUUACGACCAAUGCAUUGACACCUUCACCUCCAAAAACUAUAAAGACGGUCAAAUCUUGAAGCUAAAGCUCCAAAAUUUCAUGACUGCCAUUGGCGGCAAAUUCAACCCAUCAAUGUACAGUAAAUCCUCAGUCUACUCUAUGUCAUUGCCUAAAAUAUUGUCCUAUCUUCAAGUGAAUGAAGAUUUGGACACUUUCAUAACAACUACAUUUGAAGGUGACAGCCGUGAAGGUGAGAAAAGUGAAAAUUUGUAUUUUACAAUUGACGAACCUACAUUACUAUGGCCUAAAGAACGGUAUUUGGAUCAUAACUUUGAUGAAGAACAAUAUAAAAAUGAAGUUUUUGAAGUUUUAUUGAAAUUUGGAAAAGUUUGGUCGAAUGUCAAGGUUGAUGAAGCUAGGCUAAAGUCGUAUAUCGAUCGAUUUUUAAUGUACGAGCAAUACAUGGUAAAGCCAGCUUACUAUACUAAUGAUACAAUCAGAGAAUACAGUAUUCCUAUUAUGUAUCCAUUGACCAGGAUGAAUAAAUGGAGGUUUUUAACAUGGACGACAUAUACUACUGAGUACUUUAAGCUAGUUGGAGUGCAACAGAAUGGUGCUGUUAGGUACCAAGUGAAAUUUAAGAAUACUCUAAGCUUGUUUAACCAGAAUUUAAAAAAUUUUAUGGAUGUGGAUACUCAAGCCAAUUACUUUUUUAUGAGGUUGAUCAUGAAGUACAAGUACAUGGUUCCUGGCGUGGAGGAGAAUGGGGGUUUAAAUUAUAUUCAUCGUAGUAAUGGAAGUGGUGGUACUGGUCCAGUGUUGAGAGGGCUUAACGGUACUCUAUCAGAGCCUAAAGAUACUCUAGCAGAGCCUCAAGGUGACCUUGUUUUAGCUUCAAAAUGCGUUCAAGAUACUCAAAAGCUUUUUAACUAUGCUAACAGUAAGGCCUACGUCAACUACCUUCAACAACAAAGCAAUCUAGAGGUGCCAAGCUUCAAAUUUGUGCAUUUGAAGUCUACAAUACCUUUAAAAUCAGAAGCUAUUAGCCGAAUACUAACUUCGCUGGAUUCAAAAUCUGAAGUCACUAACAUAACCAAUAUAUUCCGUAUGGUAAAUAAUAUCAAAAACGAAUUCAAAGCAACAUUACAUGAAGUCACAUCUUUAUCUCAACAAGAUCAACAGUUUUUACAAGACAAAAUUGCUGGCUUGAACGUUCAAUUGCUAUACAAUGAAGUGAUAAAUAAUGUGGAAAAACUGGAUGAGUAUUACGAAAAUGUUAAAAUUUUCAAGAACUACUUCGAAACGACAAGAAAUUUGAUUGUGAAUAUGAAAGCAAAGAAUGUGUCGUACGUGUCAAAAAGUGGAUUCAAAGAAGUAUUUGGAAUUUCUAGUAGUGAAAUUUGGCCUAGAUAUGAGGUAGGUUAAAAGCAUUUAGCCCAGAGCAUUAGCCCAGAGCCCUAGUUCAGAGCUCUAGCCCAGACACGUAGCUUCAAACCCUAGCCAGAACGCUAGCCCAGAGCCCUACUUCAUUCUUAUUCUUGUCCAAACUCUACCUUUACCCCUCCCUCACUUUGAUCUACCCUAUCAUUACAAUGUACGCACUAUAGUCUAUUUUAACUUUACCGUGUACGGUCUACCUAUUACUUACUCUCCGGCUAGUGUUAUAUAAUAUUUUCAGCCUCAAACUAAUACUUUAAUCGUUCCGUACGGGUUGAUACAAUCAACGAGAUAUAGAAACAAUGAUCCAACUUAUGCUCAAUAUUCUACGUUAGGAGUUGAAAUUGCUAAAGGAAUAGCGUUAAUUCUUGGUAAGUUUUUAAAACUUUUUAUAUUUUAAUUUACAAUAUAUACAUAGGUAUGAAGUACAAUGAACGAAUUUUUCUUAAAUUUUAAAAUAAUUUUCCACAAUUCAGAGUUGAUUAUCGAUUUACAUUACUCUAGAAUUUAAUUUUUUAUAUUCAGAAAUGUCGAUUUUUAAUGUAUUUUAGAUAAAGAAUCUUUGCAAUGGCUAGGAAAUUCGACUAGAAAAAUAAAUGCUGUAACGCCGGAGUUCAAAAACAAGCUAUCGGUCGUCGAACAAUGUUUGUCAUUACAAAUCGAUUCUUCAGACCAUGAUGAAGAAGCUUUGAGAGAGAAUUUGGGUAAGUUGUCAAGUUUCUUUUUAUUAAAUUGACUUUGUUUUAAAUUUUCAAACUUUAUAUGAUAGUACUACUCAGUACUAAAAUUCGGAUCUUAGCCCUGGGCUUUAUCAUUAUGUCAGUGAAGUAUUACUACCAUUUAGUAAGCAUACUAAGCCACAAACUCUCUUUAUCAAAUUAAAACUUCAUUUUAGCUUUUCAAAUCGCCUACAGAGCCUUCAACGUUUACCUAGAACUAAAUGGCCAAGAUCUGCGAUUACCUAACGAAGUAUUGUCUAAAUUGAAUGAACAACAGCUGGUUUUCUUGUUUUAUUCCAACUACAAAACUCGGUUGAGUUUUGAAAAUGCUGAAAGGACUGUAACUAACAGUAUUGUUAACUUUUCAGGGUUCAGGAGUGUCUUUAACUGUCCAAAAAUGUCACUCAUGACUCCAGUUGAUCUUUGUAAUGUCUGGUUUUCUUAA